GGGUAGACCACUUGACACCGGAAGUUGACAAGAGGAAACAGGAACACAUGUGGCUCAUCUUUACUGCUCAAAUAUCCCGAGUCUCGUCUUCAAAGUCACUUUUAGCCGCUGUCAAGCUGCCCAGAAACACUCUCUGUUCAAAGACAUACCAUUACUCUGUUCUGUCUUUCAAGCUGGCGAAGGAACCCGAAGCUCACCGUUUAUAAUGUCACAGGCCACCAAACGCAAACACGUUGUCCAGGAGCUUCUUGGAGACUUCGUCACGCUCACAGAGAACCAGCAGAUUGUGAAGGUUACUGGUAGCCGUGGCAACAACCUCCAUGAAGCUGUCACGGCCCAGGGUGUGAUUUUCCUGGUGAGCAUGCCCACCAAGUUCCGCAAGAACAUCUGGAUCAAGAGAGGUGACUAUGUGAUUGUGGAUCCAAUUGAAGAGGGAGAGAAGGUGAAGGCAGAGAUCAGCUUCAUUCUCUACAAAGAUCAAAUUCAGCACCUGCAAAAACAACAGCUCUGGCCAGAGGGGUUUACAGAGGAGCCGUCGGAGCAGGACAAGACAGUCAAACAGCAGGAAAAGGAAGGAGAGACGGAGGAGAGAGAUGAGGAAUUCAGUGACUCUGAAGACGAUGAGAGCGACCUCUUUGUGAACACCAACCGCUGCAACUACCAGUACAGUGAGAGUGAGGAGGAGGACAGUGAGGAGGAAGAUGAUGAUGACAAAGAAGGAAGGACAGAAAAUGGUUCGUAGUGGCAGCACUGAGGACGCGGACAAGAGACAGUGUACUCUGCUGUGCUGCUACUAUCACUGACUGAAUGAUGAUGAUUUGAAAUGACGGUCCUCGUGCAACAGCUCGCUCUGGACGUUAACCGGCUCGGCUCAUUGAAUGGACUUGAACUCAGUGCAACUAAAAAAUCUUGCUUGUUAAAUUGAUAUAAACCAAAAUCUGUGAUGUCAAACGUGAACUGAAAUCUAAUAAGAAUCCCACGUCAGUUUGAAAUUCUGUGGGAUCAAUUUUCUGCUGUACUUUCAUCAUCUUACUGAAAAUGUGUCACAAACUCAAGCAUGUUUUUAUUUUGACAUCCAGUGCAGCCAUUACUAUUGCUAGCACACUACAGGGUAUUCAGUAUACCCAGGCCAUACUGUACAUUUGAAGGCUAAUGUUAAUGUAAACGGUUUUAUCCAAUCGUCCUCCUCCAUAGGACAAAAUAAAUCCAUUAGAAACGCACAAAAAUUGCAUGACUCAAAACCUUGUCAGUGUUGACAGAACACAUUUUUUGUCAUGUUUGAUUUAAAAGUCUGUGGUGUGGUGAGAAUUUAAACACCUUUCCAGUUUGACCAGUCCUCUGAAGGAUAUUGUUCUAACCAGUUGGAUUGUUUUACAGAGCUCCUGUAGUGCCGAUUGUAUUGGUUUGAUUUUCAAAUGAAAAUGCAUCCGAUAGCCUCUGUGAUUUUUACUACGCACCGAGAGAUCAAAAUGCUCUACUUUCAGUUCACCUGGUUUCACGUUGUACUUGAUAGUUGGCCAUUGUGAGUGACUGCUUUGUGCCUCAUCUUUUUCUGACAUUCCUUACCCAGUUGCUGAUUUUGGUUUGUGUAAUGAUGAACAUUUUGGAAAUAGAUUAAUUCUCAUUAAGCUGUGUUUUUCAUCACUUGAACUUGACAUCAUCCUCUCCACGUCUUCCACUUCAAGAAUUCAACAUCUUCUUAAGAAUGUCUUUUUAUUUUUAUAGAAAUAGUUAUGCAGAAAGCAUGGAUAUGAAAGUGAACUAACUUUUUCCACAUGUACUACGUAUAAAUUCCCAAAAGAUGAGCUCACAAUAUUUGACAUAAAGCCAUUGAGCAGUAUAUCUGUACCGCCAGUUGAACCAGUUCUACAGGGACUUUUUACUGGAUAUGUUUUGCCCCUGAGGCGUUAGCGGAAACGUAAAGUUAUUGGGACAACAUACUUCAAAGACAAAGGGGGGGGCUGAGUGCAUAACUUUAUUCUUUUUCUGUUUGAGUGGUUUUGUAUGUUAAGGAAGCCCAUAACGCUGUGAGCUAACUAGCAUUUUAGCUGAAAACGUUUUUAUUAAGCAAUAAUACAUUUUAGGAAUGGUUCUCUUCAAAGAUGGUUACUAUUUUCUGCAUUAACACAUUUAUAAUAAUCUAGCAAAUAAGACGUGAUGAAAUUGGUUAUUGUGCAUAAAUAACUACUAGGUCUGUAAGUCGAUUGAAAUAAACUGGGGAAAAAAAGUUC